UUUAUUCAUUUAUAGUAUUCCAUAUUAUUGAUAUUAACGGAUACGUACACUAUACAUAUAAUACACAUAAUACAUGGCCAAUGUGGAUCGCUCCUUUGAAGAAGUUUCAGCUAAUACUUCUACAGAGAAAUCCAAUUCUAGUCAAUCUUCCAAGGUUGAAUUCUCUGAAGAUGAGGAAGAUCUUAUCAUCAGAAUGCAUAAACUAGUGGGGGAUAGGUGGCCUUUAAUUUCUGGGAGACUUCCUGGAAGAACAGCUGAAGAAAUAAAGAAUUACUGGACUUCAAGAUACUCAUCAAGUAGCCAAUGAAAUAUUAGAGUGUGUUUCACUCAUGAAGCAAGAGAAGUUUGAUUGAACAUUUGGAAGUUGGAGACAAUACAACUUUGUGGUGUUAGCCAAUAGUAUUAAAUAAAGAAAAAUAAAAUUGUGUUUAUAAAAUAUGUUUAGAUUGAUAAACAAUCAUAAAAGAAUGUAUUUCUUUUUAAGCACAUAGAUAAAGGUUUAGUUUGGCAAAAAAUAGUUGUUGGCCGAUAAGUUAGUUGAUAACUUAUAGUUUAUAGUUGACGACUGAUAGCUUAUAGUUGUUAAUUGAUGGCUGAUGACUUAUAACUGAUAAGCUAAUUGAAGUGUUUGGUAAAAUUAGUUGGUCAACUAGUUG